AUGAACGAAAGGGCAUACGAAGCGUACAUGGUGAAGUGCAUCGACGAACAGUCGGCCACAAUCGAGAAGCUGGUUUCGCAAAAGUUCACCGCUUGCUGCCAAGAUGAGAAUGAUAAUAGCGCAAACGAUGACGCAGAGUUAGAACAGUUGAAGAGUUUCAUCGUCGGCAGCUCUGACCCUUCGCUUAUUACAGAGCUGAUAUCAGCGAGUCAGAUGAAGAGGGUUGAACGGCGAUGCUCAAAAGUGAACGAGAAAAAGAUGGAGUCGCUGCGAAAUGAAAUCGAACAGACCGUUGCUGCUGUGCUCAAGGACAAUCCGCUGCCAAAAUGUACUCCAUUGUUGACGUUUCUCGUUCAUGGGGCUUCAGCAGUGGACCAGGAACGCGGAGCAGCUGCUAACCUGGUCGUUUGGCGACCGGAUAUGGAAAACCUAGUUUCGAAACUGCAAGAAGGCAAGAAGUUUCGUUUCCACAAAAUGCAACUGACUUGUGUGAGAAAUUCUUCUGAGCUGUCUACAACGUCAAGUUCGUUCGUCGAAGAGCUGCCCAUCAAAGUACAACCGCCACCACAGGUUUACAUCCCACGUUCAGUGACCACUUUCGACGAUCUGAAGAACGGAACUUGCGUGCCUGUCAUGGGACAAGUGGACAUUGUUGGCGUUGUACUCGACAUCGCGCUUGGAGAGAGAGGUUGUACGGCGUACCUGGGCGACGAUUUGAUGAAGUUUGUGGCGGUGCGAUUCGACAAUAGUUUGGAGUUUUACGGUUUGAACCGCGUGGUGACCAUCGGAAGAAGUCUCGCCUGGGCAAAUGUGGUUUACCAACCAUCGUGCAAUGCUCGAGUGCCACACGUCAGUAUUUACAGUUUGACACAGGUCACUGAGAACCCAAAGGAACUGUGCCUAUCCGCUGCUUUGGACAGAUUGGAUGCUGAAAUCAAGAUAUUUCCAAACUAUUUGGCAGAAGCAAAAAAAAGCUUGCAAGGUGCUCUGAAGGGAUACGGCAGCUGUUCAAACCCGUGUCUCUUACCGUACAUCGAGGAAUUCCGCAAACCUUAUGUCGAUUUUUCACAUAUGCCUUAUAGCUCGGUAACGUUAGUCACAAAGGCAUCGGCCAGGGCGCCGUACAAGCCACCGUUCCGCUACAAAGCCAACUGA